AUGCGCAGACCCACGCACAGACACAGACCCACAGAACCAUGCGCAGACCCACGCACAGACCCAGACCCAGACCGCACAGACCCACACACAGACCCAGACCCCCACAGACCAGCACAGACCAGACCACAGACCAGAACCCACGCACAGACCCCACCCACCACAGACCCACGCACACCACGCACAGACCACAGACCCCCACAGACCCACGCACAGACCCACAGACCCACACACAGACACAGACCCACAGGCCCUCGCACAGACACAGACCCACAGAACCAUGCGCAGACCCACGCACAGACACAGACCCACAGAACCAUGCGCAGACCCACGCACAGACACAGACCCACAGACCCACACACAGACACAGACCCACAGGCCCUCGCACAGACACAGACCCACAGAACCAUGCGCAGACCCACGCACAGACACAGACCCACAGAACCACGAGCAGACCCACAGACCCACACACAGACCCACCACAGACCCGCGCACAGACCCACAGAACCACGCACAGACCCAGACCCGCGCACAGACCCAGACCCGCGCACAGACCCAGACCCGCGCACAGACCCAGACCCGCGCACAGACCCACGCACAGACACAGACCCACGCACAGACACAGACCCACGCACAGACCCACAGAACCACGCACAGACCCACGCACAGACCCACAGACCCACGCACAGACCCAGACGCACAGACCCACGCACAGACCCAGACCCGCGCACAGACCCACAGACCCACGCACAGACCCACGCACAGACCCACAGAACCACGCACAGACCCACGCACAGACCCACGCACGCACAGACCCACAGACCCACGCACAGACCCACGCACAGACCCACGCACAGACACAGACCCACAGGCCCUCGCACAGACACAGACCCAGACGCACAGACCCACACACAGACACAGACCCACAGGCCCUCGCACAGACACAGACCCACAGAACCAUGCACAGACCCACGCACAGACCCACAGACCCACACACAGACACAGACCCACAGGCCCUCGCACAGACACAGACCCACAGAACCAUGCACAGACCCACGCACAGACACAGACCCACAGACCCACGCACAGACACAGACCCACAGACCCACGCACAGACCCACAGACCCACACACAGACCCACAGACCCACACACAGACACAGACCCACAGGCCCUCGCACAGACACAGACCCACAGGCCCUCGCACAGACACAGACCCACAGAACCAUGCACAGACCCACGCACAGACACAGACCCACAGACCCACGCACAGACAGACCCACAGACCCACGCACAGACCCACAGACCACACACACAGACACAGACCCACAGGCCCUCGCACAGACACAGACCCACAGAACCAUGCACAGACCCACGCACAGACACACAGACCCACAGACCCACGCACAGACCCACAGACCCACGCACAGACCCACAGACCCACACACAGACCCACAGACCCACACACAGACACAGACCCACAGGCCCUCGCACAGACACAGACCCACAGAACCAUGCACAGACCCACGCACAGACACAGACCCACAGACCCACGCACAGACCCACAGACCCACGCACAGACCCACAGACCCACACACAGACACAGACCCACAGGCCCUCGCACAGACACAGACCCACAGAACCAUGCACAGACCCACGCACAGACACAGACCCACAGACCCACACACAGACACAGACCCACAGGCCCUCGCACAGACACAGACCCACAGAACCAUGCACAGACCCACGCACAGACACAGACGCACAGACCCACAGACCCACGCACAGACCCACAGACCCACACACAGACACAGACCCACAGGCCCUCGCACAGACACAGACCGUGGGCGGCACGGUGGCUGAGUGGAUAG